UUUCUCUUCUUCUCUCUUCUUCUCCCCUGUUCGCACUUUUGUGUUUUUCUUCUUCUGUUCUAACCGUUUCUCCUUCUUCUUCAUUUACUAUAAUCACAGAUCAAACAGGAAUGGGAUUUAGGGCUUUUUCUGAGUGAUUAAGAUAGAAAUGUAUUAUGGGUUGAAGAUCAAGCUUCAACGUUUUGAAGACAAAAACUAUCGAUUCUCCCCAAAAAACAAAGAAGAAAAAAAAAAGGGCCAAAUACAAUAUCGUCGUUCGUUUCGGUCCCUUUGAUUCCAUGUUCGCCGUCGAUGGCUCUGUUUCUCAGACCAACAGUAUUCUCUUUACGUCCAACACCCACUUCGAAAUCCGUGAAAGUGGCUUACAGUAUGAAACCUUCGUUCACCUCUUCCUCAUCAGAUAAGAGUAAAUUGCCGAUAUUGCUCUUCGAUGUAAUGGGUACCAUAGUCCAUGAUCCUUUCUACGAAGAUGUACCUGCUUUCUUCCGAAUGACUCUGCAAGAACUAAUAGAGUGCAAGCACCCGACUGCAUGGAUUCAGUUUGAAGAGGGGCGGAUUAAUGAGAUGGAGCUAGCUGGAAAAUUCUUCAAAGAUGGAAGGUCAUUUGACAUGGAGG